UGGCGGCGGGGGCGGCGCUGGGCGGGGCCUUAGCGGAGCGGUUAUCGGUGCCGGUAGCGGGUCUUAGUGCUUGAGGCGGCCUCGGUCAUGGCGAGCCAGUCGCAGGGCAUCCAGCAGUUGCUGCAGGCCGAGAAGCGUGCCGCCGAGAAGGUGGCUGAGGCCCGCAAGCGAAAGAAUCGGAGGCUGAAGCAGGCAAAAGAAGAAGCCCAGGCGGAGAUUGAGCAGUACCGUCUGCAGAGGGAGAAGGAAUUCAAAGCCAAGGAAGCAGCGGCCCUUGGAUCUCAUGGCAGCUGCACCACUGAAGUUGAGAAAGAGACCCAUGAAAAGAUGAGUGUGAUUCAGCAGAACUUCCAGAAGAACCGUGAGGUGGUCCUUUCCCAGCUGUUGUCCCUAGUGUGUGACAUCAAACCUGAAAUCCAUGUGAAUUACCGCAUCAACGGGUAGUGGAGGAAGAAGGAACAAGCAUACUGGAAAUGCUGGUAGUAAUACCUGAGCUUUGGGUGGAAUGUACAGCUCGCAACCAUACCCUAACUGUUUUUUUUGUAAAUGUGUUAUUUCUGUGAGUUGUAGGCCAUCACUAUCUUGUCAAAGUACUGUUUGUUUCUCUCUUGACACGGAUUCAGAGCUUAUUCAAACAUUAAAUGGCCACGUCUCAUAUCUGUGCUAAGUUAUUAGCUAUAUAUUCGAGCUGGCAUAUUAAAUGCUCCCUUUUUACCUGGAGAGUGUUCAGUGAGAAGCUUUGCUCUGAGCAGCAGAGAGAUGCUGGCCAGGUUUAAACAGAGAGCCUGUGCCAGUAAUUGUUAGGCCUGUGUAACUGUGUUCUUGUUGACCAAAAUGCAUUUUUCAGUGUGUUGUUAAUUUUUGUACAGGGGUUAAACCUUGUAAGAAGAAUUUUCUGGCUGUACAGUGCUGGCUGAUAAUUUUCAGGUGCUUGAGUUUCUCUGUAUUCAGUAUCUUCUCUAUAUUCUGCUGUUAGCUUGAGUUACAAGUCUGGCACUGUGACACUUGAAAGUAAAAACACUUAUUUAACUCCA